AUGAUGGUACGAAAAGUGCAAAAGAGUAAAGAGCAGCCGGUUUGCUUGUUGCCAGAAAUAGGGAUGGAAGCUGAAAGGGCGCAACCAUCCAGCAGUCUAGAUCGCUCUCAGAAAGAUGAGAGCAGCUGCAAGGAAAAGUCAUUUUCUUUGUCGGCUAGUAACUUAAGCAACCCGAUUGUUCUUGGUUCUGAAGUACAGUUAAGGGAGAAGCAGCAGCAGAGCAAGGAAUUUGUCUCUAAAAGAAGGAAGGGGCAAAGAACUAGGGAAAGGAAUGCAAUCGGAGCAGACUGUAAUUAUGAUGUGGGCAUAAAAUUGAAAGGGGAAAUGGCUUUGGUGGAGAGACGUAAUUCAAAGAAGGCUGUCCGGAGUAUGGCGGAUCAGCCGAAUGAUUCUUCUUCUAGAGUUUGUUUGCAAACUAAAUUGGCAUCAUGGGUUAGAAAGAAAAGAGAGAGAUCCUUGCUGGGAAUGGAAUCUCAUGACAAAGAUACGACACCGGAGAAAAAUAGUCUGAGUUCCUUGUUAGAACCUGAACGAAAAAUCCAAAGUUGCAUGAAGAAUGCAAGGAGCUUGAGGAAAAAGCACAGCUGUUCCUUACUAAAACCAGCUCUUUGCUUAAUGGGAAAGGAUAGGAGUUCUGUAACAGGGCUAGAAUCUCAGGAAGUAACUAGGGAACUGCAGAAAAGCAAAAGCUGUUCUGAACUGGGACCACACCAGAAAACAUGGAACAUGAGGAAGAAGACUAAAUUGGUUUGGCAAGAGCAAAAAGCUUUUAGGAACCCGGAGAAAAGUCAAAGAACAAAUAGGGGGUGCUUGUCUUUUAAGUUAAAGCCUGAUAUACAGAGCUUAAGCCCGAGAACUUUGGGAGAAAGAGGGGAGAAUUCUUCUGUUACAGGGAAUCUAGAAAAAUUACAUGUAGGUGCAGAAGUUCUAAAACAAAAUAGCAAAUGCCUAUUGAAGUGUGUGGCAAAUCUAGAAGAGAAUGGAACGUAUAGGAACACUGCAGAAAAAAGAAAGCAUAAAAUGGUAACCCGAGCGUCUUUGAAAUCAGUGGUGUGUGAAAAUGAUAGUAAGAACCUGAGCUGGACACCAGAGAAGUCUGUUUCAGAGGUUCCUGGGUGUAGACAAGUGAUCUUUGAGGAGAAAAUGAUGGAUUGUGGACCCACAGAGGAUCUACUGAUUACCAGAGUACAUGGUAGUAUUAAGAAACAGAGAGAUGGAAAGGAUGAAAUUGUGACUUCAACUGAACUUAAAAAAAAGACCAGAACAUCUAGUAAGGAUGCUUAUUCCCUCUUUCUCUUUGUAUGUUAUGUUUUUCACCAUAACUUCCCCUCCAGCCUUUAUUUUCUUACAGCCUGAAAAUCUAAAUUCAUUUCCAAAUUUAAUAUAAAAACUAAAUCACAGGUCUUUAUAUUUACACUUGGAUACUGUUAACUAGGAAAUCUUUAAGCUAGAAACCGUUGUACAGUAAUUUUAUUGGGACACUUCACAAAGCAAGCUUCUUGCUGGAGGAGACAAGAGGCUGAAAUUCCAUCCCUGACUAAGGAGCACUCUUUCUGUUUACAAUUUGUAUGAAGCCAUUAAAUUGCUCCUUUUGAUUCAUAUUUAGAUUCACUUUUGACUAAUGAAAAUGUAAGGCACCACAGUUUUAGCCUAUACAGUGGUACCUCGAGUUACAGACACUUCAGGUUACAGACUCCGCUAACCCAGAAAUAGUACCUCGGGUUAAGAACUUUGCUUCAGGAUGAGAACAGAAAUUGUGCGGCGGCAGCGGGAGGCCCCAUUAGCUAAAGUGGUACCUCAGGUUAACAGUUUCAGGUUAAGAACAGACCUCCAGAAUGAAUUAAGUUCUUAACCCGAGGUACCAAUGUACUUAAACUUAAGCUAUGGGAAAAACUUAAUAUGCUUGUUAACAGACGCUAACGAGGGAUAUCACCAAAAGUGGCAAAGUUUGAAUUUACAAUUUUCCUUCUUUGGGUAUGUUGCCUAUAUUAUGUGUGUGUGUGUGUGUGUGUGUGUAUGUAUGUAUGCAUAUAUGUGCACAUUCUACUUUGUGUAAUUUUCUUUAUGGAUUGCAUUGAAUUUCCAAUAUCGUGAUUUAUUUAUUUUUGCCAUUCUGGAAAUGCUUGCAAAUACAUUUUAGCAAUUUAAAAAACUUUUUUUUAAAAAACAACCAAGUAUUUUAUAUAGCCGGUAGCAAAAUACAUAACUCAGUCAGUAGAGCAUGAAACUCUUAAUCUGAGGGUCAUGGGUUCAAGCCCCAUGUUGGCCGAAAGAUUCCUGCAUUGCAGGGGAUUGGACUGGAUGUCCCUUGUGGUCCCUUCCAACUCUACAAUUCUGUGAUUCUUAUAUUCUGUAUUUCUAAUUUUAUUAUUCUAAUUGCUGUACUAAUGAAUGCCAGCCAUAGUGGAUGAGAACUAUGCUUUGUAUUUUUAAGCCGUUAGAUAUACUACACUUGCAGUUUAUAAAGGCAUUUUUUAUAAAAUACAUAUUUAUUACAGAUAUGCUUCGGCAAAGUCCAACCUUGUAUAUUAGAAUGCAUUCAACAUUUGAUUAAUUAUUAUCCCCUUUUUUAACUCAGGAAAGCAAGUCCAUGAACUUUCAAGCAUACAGCAUGGAAAAGUUCACAAGACUGGUCUGAGUACUUCUCAAGAUUGCAAUAUACAAAAUCUGCUAGAGCAGUCUGCAAGCCUUCCAGUAUCUAAAUCGGAUGAGACUGAAAGCAAAGAUCCUGUCAUCCCUUGUUUUGGAGCGGAUACUUCCUUGCUUCCUGUUACAAAUGCCAAUUCGCAGCUUUUGGACAUAACAGUAGCUGAAAAUGUGGAAACAAAUGCACUGGUAGUGCAGCAAAAUGAAGAAUGCAAAUGGUUUUCUAGGCAUAAUACUUUGCCAUAUACAGUAGAAAGGACUACUAUUCCAGUAGUGAGAUUGCUUGACUGUCGUUACAUUAAGGCACUCUUGACACCUACAGGCUUUGAGACCACCCAAAGCUGUAAGGUUCACUCUGGAUCUCUGCAUGUUGCACUUGAUCAAUGUAAGGUUUUGUUCUCUAGCGGGGGUAUGGGCCAGAACGAUUUGAGUUGCAGCCCUAAUAUAGUACAAGCUGGACAAUCAUUUCCAGAAAAAAGCACAUUGGUUGAAAAAGAGAUGUGCCAAAAUAUUAAGAACUCCUCAAGAUGUCAAAAUAGAAAGCGAUCCAGGGAAAGUAAAAUGUGUUUAGAUUUCAAAAAAAUAAACAAAGGAGUUAAAGUGCUUGAGGAUCUGGAAAAAACAGACCAGGAAGCUUUCACAAGUGUGAAUAUACACAGUGAAUGUGGAUUACAAAUGGAGAGUAAAACUGCCGUAAGAAGUUCAACGAUUUUGGAAAACCCAGUCUACAAUGAAACAACUUUAUUGUCUUCACUUGGUCAUACACCUGAUUUUGUUCUUGAGCAGGCUGUUCAAAAACCUCAAAAUAAACGUGCCAAAUUAUCUUGCGGUACAGAGAUGAGCAAAGCACACUUUAUCACAUGCAGUGCCAUUGGUUUUGAGAAAUCAGAGAUUCUUGAAAAGGAAAAUGAGUUAAGCAUACUAGAACCACAAAUUUGCUGUAGUAAUAAAUUGGUUGAUAAUUCUAUAAGGGAGACAUUAGUCAGUCAAAAAAUUACCAACCACAGCAAUAAUGUUGCUGGCUGUAUGAAAAGAGAAAAAAGAACCGUCAAAGAAAACACAAUACAUAAAGUUAGAAAGAAAUUGGAGCUACAAAGCUGUCAAAGAGCAGUACCAAUUUCUGGUAAAAAUGUUUGGCCUCGUGAAUCGUGUGCUAGAACAUACUUGUGGUUUGGUAAAAAUCAUGCAUCAGACUCAAAAAGAGAAUUUUUAAGAGUUUCUGAUUCAGUAAUUCUCUCUGGCCAGGCAGAGCUACAUAAGCCAUUGGCUUGUACUGUCAAAGCUUCUGCAUAUAAGGUAAUGGGUCAAAAAACGCAACUUCCCAAUGAAAACCCAACCUCAGAAUCUGUAGUUGAUACAUGCAAGGCUCACUCGGCUACUGCUAACGACAGCAGAAGUUCCUCUAUGGGUAUGGAGGAGAGACCUAAACAUUGCAGAUCUUCUAGCACUAAAAAUGUAAAGAAAUCAAAAAGAGCUUUAAAUUCAUCAGCAAAGGAGGCUAAAAAUAAAGGAAGUAUAGCAAAGAGAAAUAGUUCUAUAGAUACUCAUAAUGGUGUUUGUUCCGACAGUGGAAAACAUAGGAAGACCUCAGUUCUCAAACAAGAACCACUAAUCAAAGGGAACCUAUCAAAUUUCAAAAUUCCUUUACUGAAGGAUAAAAAUGAAUCCAGAAAAACAGAAUAUACUAGAUUGUCAAGAAGAGAUGUUUGCAGUCCUUUGGACAUCCUAGAUUCUACUGUGUCAGUGAAGAAAGCCAGAGCUAAAGAGACCUCGUCCAAUGUGCAUUCUAGACAUCAGUUCAAGUCAAAAGAAGUUAAUGGAAUUACUGUCCUAGAAGAAAAUGCAGACCAAUUUGACAAGGUUCUUGAAAGCCUUUAUAAAGAGACAAGUGUUCAUAAUGAAGGUGUGAAGACUUCCCAUGAGAGAGAAUUGGAAUUAGCAGAUUUGAAAGAUAAUCCUGACGCUUUGAGUACUGGUUAUACGGAGAUUCAAAACCACAACCCUUCUGCGGUAUUGGAAGUGCCAACUAAUGAUGAAAGUAAUUACAGCAAUAACUUUGCACAGGACAAAGCUAACUUCUCUGCAGAGGUUGUUAAGGCUUAUGAAGAUGAUGUUCUUGUGAUUGAUGUAAUUCAGGAUGACCCUGAUCUGUUUGGAGAAUCCAAGGAAGAAGACAAAGGGCAUUGUACCCAAACCAACUUGAAUGUCAGCAUUUCCAUAAAGGAAGAAAUGGAAGUAGAACCGGAACCCCCUCAGCUUCCACAGAAGAGACAUUUGGAUUGCUGUCCAAGGUAAGCAUAUCCUCUGGAAAUAAUUUAUAUAGUAUGUUUUGAGUUAUUAGAUGCUUGUGCUUUAGCUAGGUAAAGGGACCCCUGACCAUUAGGUCCAGUCACGGACGACUCUGGGGUUGUGGCACUCAUCUUGCUUUAUUGGCUGAGGGAGCCGGCAUACAGCUUCCGGGUCAUGUGGCCAGCAUGACUAAGCCGCUUCUGGUGAACCAGAGCAGUGCACGGAAACGCCGUUUACCUUCCUGCCGGAGCGGUACCUAUUUAUCUACUUGCACUUUGACGUGCUUUCGAACUGCUAGGUUGGCAGGAGCAGGGACCGAGUAACGGAAGCUCACCCCGUCGCGGGAAUUUGAACCGCCAACCUUCUGAUUGGCAGGUCCUAGGCUCUGUGGUUUAACCCACAGCGCCACCCGCGUCCCUCGUGCUUUAGCUAGCCUUAAACAAUUUAGUGACUUUGAGGUUAGACAGUUACUAAAAAAUGUGAUUUGCUUCUACUAAGUAUAUUAUGUAGGAUUUACAGUAAUAGUUUGGGAUUUACAGUGAGAAUUGAGGAUUAGCAAUAAUGGAUUGUUCUGCUUUUUAUUUUUAUUAUUUUAACCCAGUGAUAAAAGUAAAAAGUAAGACUAUAAGAGUAACAAUUGAAAGUGAAGUUUGAAACACAUUUAUGCUGGUGAGAGGCAGUAUAAAAUGGUCUUUUGCAAUUGACAGUAGAACUAAAUAGCCUCUUCGAAUUAUCUUAAUAUUUUUCAUUUGAAGAUUGUUCUUUGUAGUACCAUAGCAUUUAGAAAUACUUUUCUAUUCAGCUGCAGUAAACCGUUUUAGCUAAAGCUUACUUAGCUUAAUUUCAUUUGCUAGGUAUUCAGUAGUUAGAUUUGUGGUUAGCCAACGAUGAAUAUGCUUGCUUGACAUAGUUAAUAUAAUGUAUCAUUUAUAUCAUUUAAUCAUGUCUAUCAAUAGAAUACAACCAAGGUAGAAUGGCAAAUAAUUUAAGCCAUCUACUGCAUACAUAAUAUGUUGUGUGGGCAGUAGUGAAUAGUUCAGCCUACCAUCAAUACUCCCAAAUGUGAUAAUCCUACAUUUGCUUUUCCUGUAUUGUGAAGCAUCUUUAUGAAGUUGUGAUCCCUUUGGAGGGAUGUGUUUAGAAUACAUAACAGCUUUACGACUGGUAACUUGCCACACUAGGCAGGUGAAAGCCUUUAAAAACAAAUCUUGUAUACGUCUUUUGUGAAUCUUAACUAUGCUAAAUUCUCCAGCUAAAACUGCACAUGUUUUAAUGCCUAAGGCUCAGAAAAGAAUCUUCAAUUGACUAAGAAUACUUAAAAAGACAGAAUCAUUUCUAACAAUAAUAAAACAAGAAAACACAAAACAAUAAAUAAUUCUAUAAUAAAUUACCCAGUUAAGUGGGCAUAUCUCUUUUGUAGCUAAACAAAAUCAGUACAAAGUAACAGUUCUAGCUUUUGCAUGCAGGUCUCCAUGUUCAAAUUUGAAUGGCAAGAUUUUACUGCCCUUAGCUUUAAGGCACAGUUUGUGAUUCUUUUAGACACAUCUAAAAUUUUAUUUUCUGUUUUAAAAUACCACUAUUGUUACACCUGUAGGAUGAAGAGUCAAUUCUAAUCUGAUACCCAAAUGCCAGAACCUAUUAUUAAAUUAUCAUAAAUGAAAACUCAGCCUGGUUAAUAAAACAGCUUUCUUUGGUAAGGCACUACUUGUUGAACUGAGCUGAGAGGUGGAAGACUAUAUUGUAUAGACAGUGGUACCUCGGGUUAAGAACUUAAUUCAUUCUGGAGGUCUGUUCUUAACCUGAAACUGUUCUUAACCUGAAGCACCACUUUAGCUAAUGGGGCCUGCUGCGCAAUUUCUGUUCUCAUCCUGAAGCAAAGUUCUUAACCCAAGGUACUAUUUCUGGGUUAGCGGAGUCUGUAAUCUGGAGCAUAUAACCCGAGGUACCACUGUAAUAUAUGCAUUCCCGGUCUCUUUAGCUCCAAAGUUAUGUUUCUUAUUCUAUUUUUUUUUUAAAUGAUAUUUAUUGAAAAUUUUAAAAUUACAAAAGAGAAUAAAAAAGAAAAAACAAAGAAAAGACAAACCACAGUCAAACAAUACAAAUUAAUAAAAAUCAAAAUAAAAAAAUAACACGACACAAUUAAAAAACAAAAAUAUACCACAAACAUUUAAAAACAAAUCCAAUAUUCUCAUAUCUUUAACUGUCAUUACCUUCUUUCUUUGACCUCCUCCUCCUCCCUUUUUUUUGUAUCCUGAUUAUUAAUUGUCACAGCAAAUCCUUUCCAUAUUUCAUAAUAUUCUGUCAUUACUUUACCUUAAUCUAUUUUAAUCUUAUCUUACUAUGAAAACCUUAAAACUUAAAACUUAAAUCUUAUUUUUACCAAUUUCUCAUAACCAUAAUAUUCUUACAUAAUUCUUUAAACAUUUUUGCUAAAGCCAAAUAAUUUCGUUCCAACAUUUUUCUAACAUUCAUCAAUUUUAUAAAACAAUCAUAAUAAAAGAAAUAACAAUCCAAUCUUCAUCCAGCAUCUCUUCCUCCUGGACCCGGGUUUUGUCAGUCCUUUCUAUCCCAUCAAUCUAGCGCAUUAACCUGGUAACCUUAUGUCCGAGGCCCUUAAGUCUCUUCCAUGUCCCUUCCGCAGCUCUUCUUCAUAUUUAUAGCUAUAUUUUCCUUUAUCUCCUACUUCUUUCACUCUUGGGAACUCCAGCUUGACAAUGCUUUUGACCCUUCUCGACAAAUCAGCCCCUUUUCCAUAGUCCCCACUAAGUUCCAUGUGGUAUUUAAGAACAUGUUUCAAAAACCCUCCAAAAUUGAGAGCCCCCACAACCCCAAACAUCUCACGGCCCAUUGCCAGACUCGAAAAGUCCAAACCUCCCUGCAUAGGGGGGUCUAUCGAACCCCCCCAUUUCCAAACCAAACCAAACUUUAUCUUUCCAAAUCUGGCUUUUUCCAAGUUCAUUUGUCAAAUCCAAGAAUUCAUGUUCCUGCUGGGCCGCAGCUCCCUCCAUCCCUGGCGCCCAAGAUUCAGCAACAUCCUCUUCCCUCAUCUGUUCUGUCAGGGCACACUCCUGAUCUAAUUCCUGGGUGGGCUCUAUAUAAUAUCCCACUGCCUGUCCAAAAUUUCUAAUCGCAUCAGUCAUAAAAUCCGUCUUCUCAUGUAGCUGUUCCAGUAGGGCACUUGUUUUACAGAAAGCACUCAACAGAGCUUCUGAAUACAUUGUCCUGCAAGGUCAGAAGUCUAUUCCCACGAUCGUAAUCUGUAACAGCUGCGAGCUUCCCGAUUCAAAAUUGGUUAGAGUUUCACAGGCUCCCUCUAGGGGAAAAACUUCUGCUUGUUCUUUUCUUUUAAAAACAAAUCUAACAACAAAGUUUCCUUUUUCAGAUCUUUUGUCAAUAUUUGUUCCUUUAAAAUGUGAAGGGGAACAAUGGAAUCACUAUGUAUCUCUUCCUUUAGCUAUCUGUCAAAAACGUUUGUCUCUGGUCAAUGAGCUUCAAAGAACAUCAGUCUUGACACCCCGCUCCAGGAUCAAGACGGUGGAAAGUUACUUUACUUUACACUCACUUCUGCAGGUUUAAACAGUCCAGAAAAAAUCCCCCCUCUUCUCCUGCUUCCGAAGGGGGUUCCACAAUUUUAAAUGAUGAAAGUUAAUCCUUUAGAAGCGAUUUUCAGAACUUUAGUUUGCUGUGUCUUUGCUUUAAUCUAUCUACAAAGAAACAGAAGGCUGACUUCCUGUUUAGACCUUCCCGUUUCAGUGCCAAAUUAAAUUAAACUUUUAAGUCCAGUUUUCCUUUCUGCUCACAAAUCCUUAUUUAGAGUCCAAUUGUCCGAAACUUAAGUACUCACGGGUGGUUGUUUUAAAAGCCAAAUUGUCCCAGGAAAAAGGCAGCGCUCUCCGGCAACGGCUGUGCGGCUUUGCUCCACGGAAGAAGCAGUUGACUCUCAGCACUGCGCCACUUCCCCCUCUUCGCUCCGGAGCCCGUUAGUGGGUUCCUUAGCGGGUUGGGGGGGCGCUAAAGGUGCCCGCCGAGUCCCAUGGUCACAGGCUUCAUCCGCCUGUGAUUUUUGAAUGGGUCCCCGCUUCGCCGUAGCGGAAAGGACCCGAUUCCCGUGGAGCUGGUCCCUCCACUUCAGAGGGAGUCCGCCAUUGCCGAUGGCGCCACCCCGGAAGUCUGUGUUUCUUAUUCUAAUACAGUGGACGCUCGGGUUGCGAAUGUGAUCCGUGCAGGAAGCAUGUUUGCAACCCGCAGCGUCUGCGCAUGCGUAAAGCGCGAUUUAGCGCUUCUGCGCAAGCGCCGAAACCCGGAAGUGACCCAUUCCGGUACUUCCGGGUUCAGCGUGGUGCGCAACUCGAACUCGCACAACCCGAAGUGUCUGUAACCCGAGGUAUGACUAUAUUUAUAUACUGCUUAAUAUACAAAAUACCCAAGUGGUUUGCAUAAAACACAAUAAGAUUAAAAAGGAAAAGAUAAAGCUGUUUACAGCAUUGUAACCAUAAUUACAAAUAAAUUCUUCAGUAAAAAGAGAGUUUAUUAUUAAAACAUUCAGUUAAAUAUCAAUAAUUGCUAAACAGCAGUGUGAUGAAUCUAAUGAGCAAGGGUAAACCUGUUUAAAUAGAUGGGUCAGCAGGAGUUAUUUAAAGUUUGCUACUAUUUCUAUUUCACAAACAAGACAGGGCUGGGGUCCCAUAAUGUCAAAGGACUGAAGGUAGUCCCAACGGUUUACAUCUCUUAUCUUGCAAUAUCCCAAGAGAGGAUCUCCUAUAGGCGUAGUCAUUUAUUGAACUAAGUGGCUGGAAACAAUCAAGUAAGGGGACAUUCUUAUGGAUUCUCUCCUUAUUCUUUUUAUCUAAACUCCCAAACCAAUCUCCAGCUUCCUUUAUAGGACCAGUCUCAGGAAUCUUACUUGAUUUCAAACUCUCGUAGGAACUUCCUUUCACCUUUCUUGGAGAAUUGCUUUUAGAAUUGCUUUGUUCCUUCAGGGAGGUAAUGGGUCCUAUGAUAACAAUGCAAAUUCAAAUAUUGUCAUCAAAUUUUCCUCCUGAGCUUAUUGAUAGGUAUAAGGGGCUUAGAUUGAAUAGGCCCCAUUUUCAAAAACAGUUUAUGGUGCUAGGAACUCUAGGCAAAAGAACUCAUGACCCAGAUUGUUAAGGGUAGUUGUUAACAUUUUGUAAAAUUUUCUUGCUUACAGAGAAGAUCCCAUUCAGUAUGAUGGAAUAUUGGAGUCUUUCACAGAUGUUGGUGUUCCACUGGCAGAAGGUAAGAACAGGAAUUUAAAAAUGCAACAUUAAGGAGAAAAUGACAACUUGUGCAGGGGGAGUUAAGUGUUAAACAGCGUCUACUCUUAAAUGUUAAAGGGACGCGGGUGGUGCUGUGGUCUAAACCACAGAGCCCUAGGGCUUGCUGAUCAGAAGGUUGGUGGUUCGAAUCCCUGCUACGGGGUGAGCUCCUGGCCACAUGACCCGGAAGCUGUCUGCGGACAAACCCCGGCUUCCUCAGCCAGUAAAGCGAGAUGAGCACCACAACCCCAGAGUCGCCCGCGACUGGACAGUACUAGUACAGUACUACUGCAUACUUUGUAAGAAGGGUCAUCAUUUAAAAAGCUCACCAGUGAUAUGCCCAACUUCAUAGUUAAGCAUUCUGUUCUUAAUUUUACUAUGUUUCAGCAGUAUGUGUUGCAUUUUUUCCAGUGGAUGGAAGUAAAUCAGAAUUCCUAUGUGGAAUAAGUUCUACAGGAGGUGUAGCUGAAUCCUGUUUUGAGGAUGGGCAGUUGAGCGAAUCAGAUGAUGUUUUAAAGAGUUCUAACACAAAUGAAAAGGUACUGAAGUGAAUUAAUUUUUUGUUUAUAAAAGGUAGUGUUGCAGAAGAGUGUCAUUUAUUUGAGAGAACUUUUGUCAAGUACUGUAGUAAAUUGCACUACAUACAGCACAAUCCAAUGCAUGUUUACUUAAAAGUAAGUCCCACUGAAAUUGGGCAGUUCUAACUUCCAAUUAUGUGUGCAUCGGGUUACAGCCUUAGGCUGCCCUCCAGAUGUUUUGGGACCACAACUCCCAUCAUCCCUGACCACUGGUCCUGUUAGCUAGGGAUGAUGGGAGUUGUAGUCCCAAAAUAUCUGAGUUUGCCAAGUUUGCCUAUGCCUAGCCUUAGAGAUAUCUGUAUGCUGUUUUAAUACAAUGAGAUUAGAUGUACUGUUGUAAACCAGCAUGGUACUUUUAAUUUCUCUUUCAUAAAUCUGAAACUGUGCUGUGAAUCUUAAGUGUGUAAAUCAAAAUUAAGCAAAGCAAGGAAAUUGGAUGAACGUUAAAAAAUGAUUUGUUCUUUUAUUAACUUAUGGGUCUAGCAAUACUGUGAGCUAUAGAGGGAAGCCAUGGAACUUCCUUCCAUUCUAGAUUUGAAGACGACUUUGGUAGGCUUUUGUUGGUAUUGUUUCAUAAAUAGGACAUCCUGCAAUAGGGAGUUGGACUUAGACAUUGUAGAAAUUGUAGAACCAUAAACAGCAACCAUACUUCUUCCGCUUGAAUAUUCUAUGAACAAAAAGAGAAAGUUAUUAAAUGAAUCAUGAGUUUCUGUUUAUUUUAACUGAAUUACAACCUUUUUAAUCUUACAGUACAAAGUUUCGACUGUGAAAGAAGAAGCAGAGAUUCAGGACACUGCAAAAAUGUGUGUAUGAGUUUAAGUAGUCCUAGUUAAGUGAAAGGACGACAUUUUAUCUUCAAACCUUUUUCUCUGGUCUUAUACUCAAGAUUAGACACGUAGAAGUUAGAGAUAAAAUGGCUGUUCAGAAGCUCUCCUUGGGGAGAGCAUUAUAGAGCUGAGGCACCACAAACAAAAUGAGCCUUUCCCCACCUGCCUAGCAAAUUGUCCUUUAAGCUACCGGGGUAUCAAGCUGUAUUGUAUUGUAUUGUAUUGUAUUAUUAUAUUAUAUUAUAUUAUAUUAUAUUAUAUUAUAUUUAAUUUCCUAUACCACCCUUCAUCCAAGAAUCGCAGGGCAGUUUUGGAUAUAAAAACACAAAAAUACAUCACAUAGUCACAAACCAAAACAAAUAACCUCUUCCCACAGUAUUUUAUUUAUUUCUUUAUACCUUAAAAUGAAUGUUGAAUUGAAGCCAUUCUUGAGAAGUCCGUACUUGAAGCCAUUGGAACUGUGUUAAAACUGGCAAGAUGUUCCACUUGACCAGUUUUGAUAUGUAAUUGAAGCAGCAGUAUUAUGAACCAGUUGAGGUUUUGAGCAGUCUUUAAAGGCAGCCCCAUGUGCAAUGCAUUCACAGUAGUUUAAUAAUAACUGCCCAUGUUUUUGCAGUUGCUGGAAGGCAAUUCAUGCCAUAGCAUGAAAAGCAUCAACAGUUAGUGCAGGGUUUAACAGCAACUUGAUACAGAACGUGUUGAAAGGCCACUUCUCAAUUCACGCAAGCAGCCUGUCAGUAGUAAUUUUGUCCUGCUUAGAUUGAACUGCAGGUUGCUCACCUUCUAGUCUAUUACUGAUCUUUGCCACCUAUUGAGCACAUUGACCACUUCAUCUGAGUUUGAAAAGGAGAAAUAUUACUGGGUGGUUGUCGCUCCAGAACAGUGUAUGUCAGGGGUCAGCAACCUUUUUCAGCCAUGGGCUGGUCCACCAUCCCUCAGACCAGGUGGUGGGCCGGACUAUAUUUUGGAAAAAAAGAAGAAGAAUGAAUUCCUAUGCCCCACAAAUAACCCAGAGAUGCAUUUUAAAUAAAAGGACACAUUCUACUCAUGUAAAAACACGCUGAUUCCCAGACCGUCUGCAGGCCGGAUUGAGAAGGCGAUUGGGUCGCAUCUGGCCCCCUAGCCUUAGGUUGCCUACCCCUGGUGUAUGGCGUCACUUAGUGAUUUUACAUAGAUGUAAAAUAGCAUGGAGCAUUUUGGAAUGUCACAACACAAGUGCUGUGGAGCAGAACCCUAACCAAUAUAUUCAUUGGAGGAGGAUUAAUAAUAAUAAAAAUUAUUGCCUCAUCAGCUGGUCCCAGGGCAUGUUACAGCCAUUUAGAUGGUACUGAUCCAGAAGUGAUAAAUGCUAUGCCCAGUUCAUCCCAUCUAUCUGCUCACAUUUCUUCUCGUUCCCAGCUCACUUGCUAUGUGUAUUUUUGCAAUCAGUAGGAGCAGCCUCCUCUCCUCCACAAGGGAGGUGUGCUUGGGUAUAGAAAAUAUAAUUUACUUUAUUGUGCUAAUUUUUAAAUAAAAGAUAUAAAGUUUUUGUAUUAUUAGUCAAAUAAGCAUCUUUUUCCUCAUUUGGAAUUUAGUGAGAGGGCUCAAUACAUUGAAUCUAUGAGCCAUGAUCAUCAGCUAGAAUUGACACUUCCUGCUAUGAAAACUGAUCCCCGGCAGCAAAUCACAGCAGUGAAACCGUGGGUGAAUGGUAUUGUAUUAGUUCAAAAUACCUACACAUUUUGUUUUAUGGUACUACAGUGCUACUUUUCUGUGUCUGUAUAAAGGUCUAUUUCAUUGACAGGAUUUGGUUUGCAGGAAAAACCUGUGGGCUCACUCAUGUGUGCUGAUGUCCUCCAUUUCCUGGCUCACAGCCAUAAUCUCAUAAUAUUUGAAGCUAUUACUGCUAGCCAUAGUUUGCCCAUGCUGGAAAGCUCAGUUGGUUACAGAGUGGUGUUGAUAACACCAAGGUUGCAGGUUUGAUCCCCAUAAGGGACAGCUGCCUAUUCCUGCAUUGCAAGGGCUUGGACUAGGUAAUCCUUAAAGGUCCUUUCCAUUCUGUGGGAACCACAGUCUAAACCACAGCUGAAGUGGGCAGUGGAUUCUGGUGGUAGUGGUAACCAUAGUUUUCCCAGUUCAAAUGUGGCAACAAACUGGUUUCUGCAAACCAUGACAUAAACAAUGUGUUGGAAGAGGCAGGAGUGUGUGAGCCCACAGCACAUUCCAGAGGCAUAAAUGGUUUGGCCAUGAUGUCUGUGUACCUGAUGCAAAUGUAUGUGGAUGGGUGUGCUUGUUACUUUAUGUUUAUAAAAGUUAAAAUCCAACCUAGGAAAAGUAGGGUGACUCUGUAUUAAAGCUUGGAAUUAACAUCUGGAGUUUCCUUUCUGUUGCCUGUUUCACUUAGUUCUACCUUCUGUAUCCAGAUCAGAGGGUUCUUAGCUUAAUUGUACUCUAGAUUUGCCCAUGCCAAGGCAACCGUUAGUUGAGAUUUAAUAUAAAUGCAUCUUUGUUUAGCUAAAAUGGCCAUCUAAUUAAAAUACUGUGGAAAGUUAGCUAAACAAAAUCUAAAGAUGACAGUGAAAUAAAUUACUGAAUCAGUGCAUUAUUAUGAAUAUUUAGGAUAACAUUCGAGUGCCAUUUCUGUUUUCAUUGGCCAAGACUCAGAGAACCAUGUAACUAGUUCUCUGCACUCAAGAAAGCUUUGGCAUUACAAAACUGUUUUUGAAAACAAGGAAAUUUCAAAAGUAGUUUGCUAUGGCAGGAGGUUUGCGUUCAGAGAGUAAAAAACACACAAUGAACCUCCACUAGUGUCCUUACACGUUUUGGAUUCUAGUCACCAUAUUGAGUUAGAUCCUGAUUAGAUAAAAUCUUGAGAAACAUGGCCAUGCGUGUAAAGUAGGGUGCAGGCCAGAUCCUAUUGCAGUCAAAGAGCCCAAAUGAUUUUAAUGUCUAAAUUUGACCCUAUGUGACCAGAACUACAUUUUCUGUGUAUCUAAUCAUGCCUACUUGGAUUCUUCAGAGUUACAGCUUUACAAUAGAAUUCAAAAUAUUUCAAAGGCUGUCACCCCAGAAGUCAGAAUGGGGUAUUGAAAUAGCCCAAAGUUUUCCUUAUGUUGAGACAUCCUUCAAAGACUUAAAAUAAAUUACAGAAUUUCAUAGUUAAAAUGAAGCAUUCCUCUCACUUUUUUUAACACAGAGGUAUUGUAUCCUCUGGGAAUAUAGGAAUGCAUGUAAAAAUACAUAAUCAUCAAACAACAAGUUUAAAGGCUGUUGAAGGAGUACUGUUGUGGGUCCAACAACAUGGAGGACCACAAGUUUGCUACCCUACUAGUAAAACCAUUUAAUUCUUCCAAAUAGUUUUGUACUUCUCUUAGGAUGUUAAAGAACUAUAUGACCAAAAGAACAGCUACACACAAAAUAAUUCCAAAAAUACAUUACUUGUGUGUAAGAUAUCAAUGUAGUACACUGACUGUUGGCAUAUAUAUAAUAAUAUAACCAACCACAACUCCUCCUCUAGCUUGGCAAGUGUCUAAGGUGGGGUGGCAAAACAAACCAUGCUUAAGCAAGUCUGUUUGGUUAGGACAUGGCUCUAAAAUGUAGUUAAACAACCAGUGGUUUAUAAGGUAACAACAGAUCUUUGCUUCAGAUCAUGGUUUGCUGCUAGAAAACCAUGGCUAAUCUGAUAGGCAGGGUCCAGAUAUUUGAACAAACACACUUUGGCUAAACAAACCAUGAUUUAGAGUUGUGUGUGAACCAGGCCACUGUCUAUAUACUUUAACAUCUGAAAAAGCAUACAUAAAAGAAAAUGUAUGUGUUAAGGUGUACAGUAUUCCUGCAUAGAUGCAAUAUCAACAUAAAGAAAUCACUCUUUGUUACGUUGACACAGAAUCAGUUUGAAAAUUGCAGAAUUUGCCUUCCAGUGUGGCAAAUUUCAUUUAAGAUUUGUUAUUACUCAUGGUACUUGAAAAGAGUUUAACUUGUCAGUAGACAGGAAAUGAAAACUUUAGUUGUCAGUCAUCUCUGGGAUAAGAUAAGUGAAGUUUAUAAUGUAUAAUCAUGACAUAUGGCUAUUUCAUUCAGUUUAGGAGGGUUUUUUUCUUCAAUCUUAGAUUUCAGGUUCUCAGGGAAAGGUCCUCUUUUGCAGCCAUCAUAUCCCAACAAUUUAAAAAAAAAUGUUAUGGUAAGUCCUUAAAAUUCAUAAAUUUCUGCAACUAAGCAUAAGCUUAGCUACCAUUUAAGCAUUUACAUUGUUAACAACCAUUUAAAGCUAUUUAAACAGCUUUAAACAGUUAGAUGCAAUUUACAUGCUUGUUUGAGGUUUCUCUUUCAUAGGCUUUAGUCAUCCUGUUUUCAACUGUCCUGCUUUUAUAUAAAGUUUCUGACUUAAGGUAUAUAACUGCUAGAGACAUUUGAUUCAUAAUUUUUGAAAAUUUAGCAUAAUCAGGGUCCCUUCCAACUCUACAAGUCUGAUUCUAAGCCUCUCUUCUUAUUCUCAGUCCCAAAUCUGCUAGCUUGAAAGCUGAUGAAAGGCACUCCACGCUACUGAGGCCAUCUGAGCCUCAAGCAACAGCAAAGGAUCCAGUAGUACCCCCAAGCAAUGUACCCACUCCCUCAGAAACAAGCCAUGCUUCAUAAGCCAAUAGCAAAUCAUGGUUUCUCCUCAUGGUUUGUUGGUAGAAAAAUAAGCUAUAAUUAGUUUGCUGGGCUAGGUUUGUACAUUCAAGUAAACCAUUGUUAGGUUAAUCAAACUAUGACACUUUGUGCUAUGUGUGAAGUAGUCCAUACCCUGCUAAAUGCACAUAAAUCCCAAAAUAUGUGUACCAAAUGUGUUUUUUUGGUUUUCAAAUGAGAAUUCUGAGAGGGAAAUGAAAGACUUCUCUCUGGUUGCAUUGCAGACUUACCUAGGAUUGAGUUAUCUACCCCGUGGAGUCUGCAGAAUUCAUUUCAACACAUUGAAUGGUUGUCAGAGAGCAAAUUGCCGGUAUUCACAUUCACUUGCACCAAAAAAUGAAAAGGUAAAAACUGUGUGUUUCUUCUCUUUGUAAAUACUUGGUUGGUGCUCUCCGGUUAAAGAACAAAAUACGUGAGGCCUUUAUCAGAUCUCCAGGAUAAGAUUGUCAUUAACAGAGUAAUCAGAGAAUUCUCUGGCCUGAGAGACAUACACAUGUUCAUUGCUUGAUGACUGCAGAACCCAUUGGUGAUCUGUGAACGCAGCCAUCAAAUAAGACGGCACAGAUAAAACUUUAAUACCACCUCAAAUGUAACCUGUGAACUGGCUUUUGCAGAAAAUGCUGGCCUUAACUGCUGUUGCCUCCAGCAGAAUGCACAAUGGGAAGUGAAAGAAACUAUGCUUUUUCUCCAUGAACAGCGUGAGGGUUCCUAUGGGGUUUUUACACUAUUCCUUAGCAGCAAUGUGCUGCUUGCAUCUUCAGCGUAAGCCCAAUACAAGGACAAAACAUUCCUUUAUUUCCUGGGUUCUCUACCCAUGCCUGGGGAAAGUGCGGGGUGGGGUGGCAACCACAAACAAUGGGUUUGGCUAGUAUACUAAGCAAAAGGUUGUGCACAGGUAUGGUAAUAAUGGUAAAACAAUUGUUGCAGUUCCAUGUGGAAGUUAUUCAUGCUUUACACUCUUGUCCACAUCUAACUCUUAGCUACAGUUUAAUAUGUAUUGAUUAUUAUUUUUUAGCUUUACUAAAUAUAGAUCAAUGUGUACUUCAAAAUUAUUUGCAUUUGUGGAUGCUCACAUUUUGGAAACUUGUAAUACGCUUGUAAUAGAUAGCAAGUUUAUCUGUAAUAUAUUUAUAAUAGAUUUGUGGUUUUAUUUUAUUUUCCAGCUUUUCACUGAAAUACUUAAUACAUAUAUAAGUAUUGGUGAAGAGGUUUUGUUGCAGCGUGCAGGUAUGAUAUAAUCACAAUUAUAAGACAAAAUAUAGGUUUUGCUUGAAGAUUGACGGUGCCAUAUGUAACAGACCACAUAAUACAUUCCAUUAUACAGUUGAGUAGAAAUUUGGCUGUUAACAUUGCAUAGUUUCUUAACAUGUAUCCUAGCACAGCAUUGCUGAAAUAGUUUUUGAUAGUUAAUCUAAUAUGUAGAUCAUAAAGGCAAAAGCCGGUAACCAAAUAAGAGGAUAGUUCUGCUUAGAUCUGGAACUCUAUUCAGAACUAGAAUUCUAACCUGAAUGAGUUUUUUGUGUGGUAUAAGCGCUUAAAGUUCUUUGGUUUGUGGGCUUUAUUAUAUUAGUACUUCAGUGCUGAAACAGGAAGUAUUAUUAUCAUUAUUGGGACAUAUGUAUAUGGGACCAAGGCCCUACCAUAAUUUAAUUUAAUUCUUUUUAAAAAACAAUAAUAUGCAGAUGAAUUGUUGCAGAAGCUCUAGAUGACAUUUUUCAAGGUAGUGAAUUUCGCUGUUGAGAGGGAAAUUGUGUUUUCCCAAUAUGCUCCCCACAAUAAGGUUCUUUUGGAUAUUGUACAUAUUGAGUCAUCCUUCCUGAGGUGUUUGCUUUAGUAGGUACUAUCCCUCUCUCAUUUUAGGUGAAGUUAAAAAGGUAAAGGGACCCUGACCAUUAGGUCCAGUCGUGACCGACUCUGGGGUUGCGGUGCUCAUCUCGCUUUAUUGGCCGAGGGAGCCGGCGUACAGCUUCUGGGUCAUGUGGCCAGCAUGACUAAGCCGCUUCUGGCGAACCAGAGCAGCGCACUGAAACGCCGUUUACCUUCCCGUUGGAGCGGUACCUAUUUAUCUACUUGCACUUUGACGUGCUUUCAAACUGUUAGGUUGGCAGGAGCUGGGACCGAGCAAAGGGAGCUCACCCCGUCCCGGGGAUUCGAACCACCGACCUUCUGAUCGGCAAGUCCUAGGCUCUGUGGUUUAACCCACAGCACCACCCGCGUCCCCUGGUUAGGUGAAGUUAUGAACCAGUAAAUGUUAAUGUGGCCUACAGAUUAAAGUGCUAAAUUAAUUCUUCGUUGGGCUUGACUAGGGAUGCGAGCAUUUUCGGUUCCAAGAUGUGCUAGAACAAUUGUUGUAAAGGAAAGGAACAAAAUUUGGUACAGCUAUUUUCAUUCAACAGAUUAUGAAAUAAUGCUGAUGAGAAAUAAAGGAGCUUUUCAUAUGUUCAUAGGUACUGCUCUCAACAUUAUAAAUGCACUUGCCCAGUAAAAUAGAUUUUCAGUGCUUCAUUUUUACUCAUUUUUGCCUUUUAAAAAGGUGUUAAUUAAUGUUUCAGUAGUAUGCUACAUAAAACAAUUUCACACUUAAAUUUCCCAUUUUUUUCUAGCCCAGGUAUUUACAGAUUACUGCAGAAAUGGUGUUCCUGAAAAGCACUUGGAUUCACAAAUACUAAAUAACCUGCUAACAUCUUUGCUCCAGUGCUGUUUGCUGAAAGAGUUAUUUCAUGUAUUCCGCACUAGCAUAAUGAUUAAAAUACUGGUAAGUAACUUGGUAUUUUUUAUUAGUGAAGCCUAUAUAUGUCUACCUAGAAGUAAGUCCCAUUGAGGAAAUGGGUAUACAACUGCAGCUUAAAAGGCCUUCUUACUCAUUAUAUAAUGACUUGUCAUGUGUUUAUCUUAAUAAGCUCUCAAUUUUGUUUUCUUGGGUUUUGAUUCUGAGCUAUUAAUUUGGAAAUCAUAAGAUAAUUUUUAAAAAUCUACAAGAGCCAAAAAUGUUAAAGUGGGGCAGGGAGGAGAGACAAAAUUGCUAUGUAAAACUCCUUUGAUUUUCUGGGUUGAGCGGGCUGAAAACUAAACUUGCAAUGUAGUCCAUUCCAUUAGUUUUCUGGAAGUGGCUUUUACGUUGUGUGAAAGCUCAAGUAUAACGUGCAAAAUAACGGAAACAUAAGGAAAACGGAAUGCACUGCAGUGUGGAUGCAGCCUAAAUCAGUCUCAAAGCAAGCCUGAACCCAGACUGAAAUAGGUCUAGAUCAGGGCUAGUUAACCUUUUUAUACCUACCACCCACUAAUGCAUCUUUCUUGAUGGUAAAAUGUCCUUACCUCCCACCAGUGCUCGAUGGAAGGAGGAUUCAGCUUGUGCCAUAGAACCCCCUAUCGCCCACCUAGAAUCCUGAAACGACCACUAGUGGGCGGUAGAGAGCAGGUUGACAACCCCUGGUCCAGAUAAUGCAUCUUGUCCAAGAAUGUAUGUAACUGAAGUGCCACAAUCCUCUUGGUUACCUGCCUCAAAGCGGGAGUAUUAGUGUUCAGCCAGUAGUUGCCAGGAAAUCGGCAUAUGUGAUUUCUUUAGGAGUUGUUGCAUCACUGCUUCCUUCAGGUCGGCAGGCACCACUCCCUUGUGUAAUGGCAUGUCAGCCAAUCAUACCUUACAGACUAGCUGUAAUUCAGUAAAAAGAUGAAGAAGAUGAUCCCUUUUGUUUUUCUCCCUUUGGGGGGGCCACCACCCAAGACAGUGUUUCUUUUAAGCCCUUUCCCUGGGAAGCUGAUGUAAUCGGGAGUCUACUAGCUGGAAAUGGCUGAGUCGGGCCUGAUUCCUCUUGAAGCCAAACUCUCUUGGAGAAACACUAUAGGUAGAAAGCAGGCAGCAGAACUUUGGUUCCUCAUCUGAGCAUAUACCUACACGCAAUACCCAGAAAAGUUCAUGACACUGAGGAAGCUGGCUCAGUCGUACAACAGCUCGUGAAACAAUACAUUUAUUAGUCUUUUUAAACCUAAGUUGUUAUUAAGAUCAAGUACCCCCCCCCCAAAAAAAAUCACUUGUUUGGAAGAUACCGUAUUUUUCUGUCUAUAAAACGCCCCCUAUUUUCGGGGACUACAAUUUAAGAAAAUGGGGGGGAGUUUGCCCAGAGUUGUUGAGCUUUUUGGGGGGAGGAAUGCCGAAAAUCACUCACCAGACUGACAAACGCUGCUAAUCGCCCACAUCACAGAAGCAGAGAAGCGUCUGCCCAAUUGGCACAGCAGCAGCCCUUGCCGCAGCCACCAAUCAACCACCCAAUUGCUGCAGUCAUGGCGGUCACCACAGAGAAUUAACUUCCUACACCACUAUCACAUUGCCUGUCCAGUGCUUGAGGUUCGCCAGGACAGGUGAUACUGCACAGAUGCAGUAUCCCAGUCACUCAGAAGUGGCAACCACAUGCCAUGGAGUAAUGAUUAACUCUUGGAAGCCAUCUAUAUGAGAGUCAGGUGUUUUGUUUCAGAUUGAAAUUGUUCCUUGAAGUUCUGUUAAUUACAGCUAAUAUAUUUAGCUCUAAUGUUAAGGCAUUUUUGUUUAGCCAACUGUAGACAUUCUCCUCAAUGUCUUUGAGCAAGUGGCGUCCAUGAAACUAAGAGUCCUAGUGCCUGAGUUAAUUGACAUUUCUUGUAAGGUAUGACUUUGAUUAUUUGAUUCUAUCUUAAAUGUCAUUCUGCCUUCUGCAUAAAUUUAUCUGCUGCUUCUACAUGUCUUAUCAAUCACAUAAAUUAUGUUCAUUUUUAUUUUAUUUUAUGCUUUCUCAUCCUGAAGAUUGUGGGUCCAAAGGUCAACCCCUUUUAAAAACUGACUCCAAAAGAAAGUUACAGUCAUACCUCGGGUUGCGAAUGUGAUCCGUGCAGGAGGCACGGUUGCAACCCGCCACGUUUGCGCGUGACGCGAUUCGGCGCUUUUGCGUAUGCGCAUGACGUCAUUUUGCGCGUCUGCACAUGCGUGAGCACCGAAACCUGGAAGUAACCCGUUCUGGUACAUCCGGGUUUGGUGCGGUCCGUAACCCGAAAACGUGCAACCUGCAGCGUUCGCAACCUGAGGUAUGACUGUAUAUGAACAUAGAGCAUAUUUAUUGAAAAUACAUUCUACCAUCCACAGUCAAUACGCAUAGAAUUAAAAAGUUAAGUCAAGAAAUAGUAUCAGCCUUGUAGAUAAUAUACUAAGCUAUUGUUUGUUUACUGCAUUUAUAUUCCACCUUUUUUCUCCAGUGAACUCAAGGUGGUAUAUAUAAUUCCCAUUUAUUUGUUACAUUACUAUUUAUAUAACUAAGUUCACUGGGCGGUUUCUUCAGAUGAUUAAAACUGACUAAAGUUAUGAAUGCCAUGGAGGUGUUCCUGUUCCUGUAAUAUUAAGGACUUCGUAUGUUUGGAAAGAUGCUUUCUUGAAUACAAGGGAGAAAGAAUUUAAAAAAAUAUAUAUAAUGGGAGCAUGGAGGAUUGCAGCUGAAUUUUGUACUGUAAAUCGGUAUAAGAUUUGGAGAAUUUGGACAGAUUCAUAGAAUCUGAAGAUUUAUAGAAUUCUGGGUCAUCCCUUUACAUGAUCAUAAGCUCUGUCACGUACUAGCUUCUUCUGUAGGCCUCUGCAAAGGCUAUAACAUCAUAGUAUUUAGAAGACUCAACCCGGUCAGUCCUAGGACUAACCUUAGGCAUUUUAUAACUCAAGAAAAAAAAAAUCAAAAUUUACACCCUUCUUACAUAACACAGAGGUCUACUAGCAGGAGGCGCAAAAUUGGCAUCCAAACUAAAAUCUGUUGCCUGAAGUGAGUGCUUCAUGUUAUGAUAUGCCCUGGCUUUACCAUAGGAAUAGUAUAAUUCCCUAUGAGUCAGUGCAACUGUGAAUUAGACAGAAUUUGGCUGGAGGUUGGAAAUGCUGUUGCCUCCAAAAUCCAUUUAGCUAUAGAAUUCUUUCACCAGUUUUCCCUUAUCCCCAGAGCAUAUGUUAUAUAAGGCUUUAUACUAGAGAUUGGCAACCCCUUUGCUGUUGAGGGUCGCAUACAGUAGGGCUAAUAUUUUGUUGGUGGGAAAUGCUGACAAUGGGUGAACCCUGAACCCAACCCCUUUUCUUUCUCUGCUUGGGGAAGGAAAGAUCACUCAUGCCAGAUAACAGAACUGAUCACUUGCAGCGGGAUUUUGAAAGCCAGUUGCCCAACACUGCUUUAUACAUAGAUGUAUUACUUAACUGUCUAUUGUUAAUCACUUGUACAGAACACUGUAAACAUAGAAUUGCUUAGGAAGUCUUCAGUGAUAUUCAGGUUUUUGGUGCUUUGGGGUUUAUUUCCUUCCUGUCAUAGCUUUGUGAUGGUGGAAUGGUUUUUAAAGACGAGCACAUUGGCUGCAUCACCACAUUCCUAAACCAACUACAAAUUUCCAGUCAAGAACAAGCUAUUUUUUUGUCCAGGUAUGUUCUUCUCUUAUGUAAUCUGUAUUAAACCUAAAAUAUAAGAUAUAUUUUCUCAGCUACUUGUGCCAUAAAAUGCCAGUCUACGCAUUUUAUAAACUAUUUUUCGAUCUCAACAAGAUGACAAUAUUGAAUAUUGGGUUAUAUUAUUGAUUUUAUUUAUUUUUUAUUUUGGAAGCUGCCGUUGGGGGCUCUUAUGCUUUGUUUUGUUGUUGUUUAGUCUUCUUAGUCGUGUUUGACUCUCCAUGACCGCAUGAACCAGAGCAUGCCUUGGAAACUCUCACUUUCUUCUCAAAGCUUCUCCCUUUUUAUGUCCGUGGAGUUUUCUUAGGAUGAACAGAAAUGAAGAACAAAGUUUGGCAAUAUCACUUUCAAAUGUGUACAUACAAUGUGAUAAAGAUCUCCCAUUUCUGAACUUUUAUGUCUGGUUCAGCCAUAACAAUCUUGGUCUAAUCAAGUAUGGUUUAUCAAACCCAAAAUGAGAAUUUGCUUACAGUGGUGCCUCGCAAGACGAAAUUAAUUCGUUCUGCGAGUUUUUUCGUCUUGCGAUUUUUUUCGUCUUGCGAAGCACGGUGUCGGAAAAGCUUUGGAAAAGCUUCAAAAAUCACCAAAGUCCUCAAAAACCUCAAAAAAGGCUACCACACCGCGUGCUAUGAGUUGCUCCUCGAAGUCAAGUCGCAACUGUAUUAACGGAUUUAAGAAACAGGAAACAAACUUGCAAGACGUUUCCGUCUUGCGAAGCAAACCCAUAGGGAAAAUCGUCUUGCGAAGCAACUCAAAAAACCAAAAACCCUUUCGUUUUGCGAGUUUUCCGUCUUGCGAGGCAUUCGUCUUGCGAGGUACCACUGUAUGUGCUUCCUCCUUUCUCUGAUGCUCCACAAUUAGGUCUCAGUUUAUUAAACCAUAGUUCUUCUUUAUAUCCAAACAUGGGGACUGUAGUAUGACCUUAGAGUACAGUGGUGCCCCGCAAGACGAACGCCUCGCAAGACGAAAAACCCGCUAGACGAAAGGGUUUUCCGUUUUGGAGGCGCUUCGCAAAGCGAAUUUCCUGUGGGCUUGCUUCGCAAGACGCACGCCCAUAGGUAAAUCUCCGGUCCGCGAAGCCUGGGCGCGCGGAUCUCCGCGCGCCCAGGCUUCGGCAUGCCGGCAACCCUCCGCGAGCCGCGGCAGCGCGGCCGCUGCUCGCGGAGAGGUCCGCGAAGCCUGGGCGCGCGGAUCUCAGCGCGCGCAGGCUUCGGCAUGCCGGCAACUCUCCGCGAGCAGCGGCAGCGCUGCCGCUGCUCGCGGAGAUGUCCGCGAAGCCUGGGCGCGCUGAUCUCAGCGCGCGCAGGCUUCGGCAUGCCGGCAACUCUCCGCGAGCAGCGGCAGUGCUGCCGCUGCUUGCGGAGAGGUCCGCGAAGCCUUGGCUGGACAGCUUUUGAAGGCAGGUGGGGGGACAAGACUUUCGCCCCCGCCAGCCUUCAGAAGAGGUCCAGGACCUCUUCUGAAGGCUGGCGGGGGCAAAGUCUUUGUCCCCCUGCCUGCCUUCCCAGGGGCUUUAAAUUGCCCCGGACAGCGGAGAAGUCCUCCGCUGUCCCGGGGCAAUUUUAAAUUGCCGCCCGCCAGCAGGGUAAGAGCGCCCCGGACAGCGGCGAAGCUCUCCGCGGGCCCGGGGUUUUAAAAUGCUGGGGGUGGGAAGAAAGCCCUUGUCCCCCCCAGCCUUCAGAAGAGGUCGGGGACAGACUGUCCCCGGACCUGGUCUGAAGUCGGUUCCCUAGGAACGCAUUAAUUGAUUUUCAAUGCAUUCCUAUGGGAAACCGUGCAUCGCAAGACGAAAAACUCGCAAGAAGAAAAAACUUGCGGAACGAAUUAAUUUCGUCUUGCGAGGCACCACUGUACAAGCUAGGAUAUGAAACCAGGAUCAGAUCCUAGUUAAACCAGUUUCCCAGUUUGGAUGCAAGAGAGAAGCUACGGUUUAAGAAACCCUGGAAGUCCUUCAUUACAGUGCAUAAUCCUAAUCUUCCACCUAAUAAACAAACCAUUGUCAUUGCAUCUGAACUGGGACUUGAACUUUCUAUUGGAGCCUGUGGACAGAGGAAGGAGGAAUUGGAGUGAAACCCAACUAAGUACUGUAAUUAAUGAGCUACACUUGGUUAUGCUUACCACAAUCCCCAGUAAGUAUACAGAGUUGUUGGGUAAAUUUAGGAGUAGAAAGAGGUAAUUGUUUAGGCUGUAGGGACAAAAUCAGAGGCCACAACAGGUAGGAGAAUAGGGAAGCAGGAGGGAGAUGCUGUUUGGGUAAUGUCACUGUUAGACCCUCAUUAUGGUAAGCAUUGUCAGCAUCCUUCAUCUGCCAUUUUUUAAAGUAUUAUGAAGGCUGUGCCCUCAAACCUUUUGCUGUAUUAUUGUUGUGUAAACUCCAAGUGGCAAGAGACUUCCAGCAGUACCAGUGCUUGCCCAGGCUUCAGUUUCCUUAGAAUGAAGGUCAGUGGAGACUCUGGCGUCUUUAGAAUAUAUGGUUUUAUUUACAUAUAUACAAGCUGAGCAUAGGAUGGAAGGGCUCACACAGUAUUAACAUUCCAACAGACCUUGCCUCCCCAUUAGGUUCUGAGGGAGAUCCCCAGGACAUAGCUCUGCGUCCAGCAGGGGCCCGAACACUCUCGCACACAGCCUUCCCCCCUUUGCCUAUUGUUAUCUGCCCUAGGGUGAUGUAGCAUACAGCCAGGUGAGGUGGGAAAAGACCCCACACAUUUGUGUCUGUGAGAUCAGAGCAACCUCUUUGGACAUGUAAAUGGAAGUAAUUAACUGGUUAGCUAAGGCAAUUACCUUAACUUAAGAACUGGUUUGGUUUCCUCUCACACAGGUUUUCUCUCACACAUUCUAACCUCACAUGUACAGCAUAAUAGGCCUGGAAGGAACACAAAGAUAUCCUCACUGAACCACAUAAACAUAUAACACUAUGAAGUAUCCAGGUGCACACUUUUGUUGUAUGCUGCAGUUGCUUCCCUUGACCUCCAUAAUAGUACCCAUGCCAUGCAGCAGAUAAAAAAACCCCUGGAUCAUAUUUUGAUUGCACAGUGUAUGCUUUGGGGGGGGGGGGAGUGCAGCAAAAUAUAAUUAUUUAGAAAGUCACUUGUUGCUUUUUCUGUUAACUUAAAUUUGAAGCUUUCUCAAAAGCAGAUAACUCUUGUUCCUAAGAUUUCAGGCAAGACAUUUCCAUAAGGCUAGCCUCUGUGGCUUGGAUUCAGCAGUUGCAGAAUUUCAGGUACAGUAUAUACUCAUUGUUUUAAAAGCAAGCUUGAGAGGACAUCUCAAUACUAAUCAAAUCAAAUGGAAGAAAUAUACCUUGGAAUCAGUAGACCUUGCUUCUGUAUAUCACAUGGCGAUUGGGGUGCUAAAUGCUUGAAUGGCAUAUUUGCUCUUGGUGGUUAAGUAUUCAUAAAAAUAUGGAGGGAAAUAACUUUCCCUUCCAAAAGGAGAAAUAAAUGGGGCGGUGAGAGACUUAGGGACCUGGACUGCUAAAGCCUGCUUAAAUGUCCCCCAAACUUCAGUCUCAGAAAUCACAUUGAAGUAUUUGUUAAGUAUUCAGUGUGAAAAGCUUGAAGAUUAAUUGCUUCAUCACUCCUAGCUAGCAGUUGCAGUUCACCUGACCGCUACACUAUCAUCCUUCAUAAUCUUGAGUAUUAUUCCUUCCUUCCUUUCUUCCUUCCUUCCAACCAUAGUUGCUUCUCAGAAAGCUUGACUCAAAUGCUUAUACAGUGUGCCAGCCAAAUGUGUCUGGUGACUUCAUGGCACUGCAUCUUGUUCAUCCUCUUUUUAAUUGGAACAGAAAGUCAUCUGUUGAUCUUAAUAAGUCCUGUCCAAGAAGAUCCUUCCCUGAAGAAAUCAGUCCUGAUGGUAGCUGCUUUUGGAAGUACUAAAUGUGAAUGGUAUUAGGCUUGCACAUGAUGAAAACUGGACUUUUUGGCAGCUUUUUGCUGGAGAGAAAAGUUGUGGGUGCACCUGCAUCCAAGGUUUUCAUUGGAAAACCCACUGAAGGGGAACAAGUAGCACAGCCUAGCCUGAGGUAGAUUGCAACCUCCAUUGCUGCAUUUUGUAUAUGUUUAAAAAGCUAAAUAGAAACCCAAAUAUCUUUGUAUUCAGCAUCUAUGUCCCUAUGAAGCUACUGUUAAACAAAAUGUAAAGUAUCUGUCAGCUGCUUAAGGCAGUACAUUUUAGAUAAUAUUAUAUAUUUCCCUAUUUGAAAAUUGGAUUGCAUUUUGCAAGAACAGCUCUGAAUAAUAUCUGAUCAAUAUGUAUUGUUUGAAGAAUAAUUCGAAGACUUAUCUUUCAGUUUUUUGUACAAUAACUAUUUUGAAGGCUUUGGGUGUGAAAGAUCUUAUAAAAUUUACUAUUUUCCCAGUGACAAAGUUACAAACAAAUCCCAAGUUACUAAAGUGAGAUAACACUUCCAAUUUAAAAAGAAAAAAUUCAAAUGCUUAUUAAGUUUACUAUGUUUGUGAUCAUAUUAAAUUAUGAACAAUUCUAUUUACAUUUUAUUACUUUUGAACAGCAUUGCAAAGAAAAAGGUGACUGGGCCAAACUGGGAACUUUAUACGUUAAUGUGAGAAGUGGAUGUGAAAAUUUUGGUGACCUUGAAAAGUACUCAUUGUGCAUUGCUAACAUCCUGACCGAUUCAGUGACAGAAGAGAGACCAGGCGUUCCUUUUUGUGAAUUUGCAGUUGCAGGUAAAAUUUGUACAAUAUUGCCCGCUAUUCUGGAGUCACAUGCAAAGGGAACUUUAAUAAAAGUUAGGGGUGCUUCACCAAAAUACCAUUUCAGCAAGCACUAUCACCCCCAAGUCCUCUUCUAAGUGCUGCACCACCACAAAUAUUUCACAGGCAAACCAACCCAAUGAGAUUUUUUAGAGGAAUUUCACAGGCAUGAAGAGAUCUUUAACAAGUGCAUCCACAGAAGUUCAUCUAACACUGAUAUGUGUGCCUCAUCUGCAGUGUGAGGAGUCAACCCAUUACCCUUAUAUUCUGAUUGUGUGGCAUGUUCAGUAGGCUGUGGACAAGGGAGCAGAGCAAAGACCAAAACACAUGUAUGUUUAAAAGCAGGCCAAAACUUCAUUAUUUGCAGCAGGUAAGUGGGUGUUGACAUAGCAGUGGGGCAGGAUUGGUUCUUGAUUCGAAACGCCCUGCCUGAAGUUUGCUAACCCAUCCUAGCACAACCACUGAGGCAUUGCACUUGGGAGUUAACCAGCAUCAAGAACCCGCUAUAGCACAGGCCAUGCAUUUAGGAUCCCACUGGCAACCUCUGGUGAGCAAUGGCAGGCCUGAGCCUCUGAGCCAUGGCAGAGACCUGAAACAUUGCCCCCAAUACCCCAUAUGAGGCUCCACCCCACACUGGAGAUUCUGCCCAGUGCAAUUUCUGCCAGAGUUAUGACAAAAGAGAACAAACUCCUAGCAAAGUAGGCUUUCUACUGAAGGAAAGGCAAAAGCCUCCCAAACACUUGACUUGGUACAAUUGAGAACAAACCAGCAGCCAGUAUGGCACCCUCAGUGAAAUGCACUAAACCAGGAUUUCCAGCUGUUUUUGGACAACAAUCCACAUCAUCCCUGACCGCUGGUCCUGCUAGAUAAGGAUGAUGGAAGUUGUAAUCCAAAAACUGCUAGCGACCCAGUUUUGGGAAACUUUGCACUAAACCAUGGGUAGGCAAACUAAGAUCCGGGGGCCGGAUCUGGCCCAAAUGCCUUCUAAAUCCGGCCAGCAGACGGUCUGGUAAUCAGCGUGUUUUUACAUGAGUAGAAUGUGUCCUUUUAUUUAAAAUGCAUCUCUGGGUUAUUUGUGGGGCAUAGGAAUUCAUUCAUUCUUUUUUUCAAAAUAUAGUCCGGCCCCCCACAAGGUCUGAGGGACAGUGGACUGGCCCCCUGCUGAAAAAGUUUGCUGACCCCUGCACUAAACCAUAGGAGGGUAGAUGAGGAAGUUCAGUGAGGAAGGCCUGGUCAGGCAUGUGGCAGUUCCUUUUAAGCAAGUCCUCACUCCCAGAGUUCCCAUGAGAGCAAAUGGAAACCCAGGGAAAACAAGGGUGUCCCUGACAUGCCAAGAAGGUGCCAAACCACAAGUUAUCUGAUAAGGCAUUUCCAGGCAGGAGAACACACAAAGCCAUCAUGGCCAGCUGGGAAGAGUCUGCACUGUGCCAUCAAGGGACAUUUAAUGGGAUUCAGGGAGCAGCUGGUACAAUCUGCACCUUAUUAUGUUAUUGCUGCCACAAUACUAAGCACUCAGCACUGCAAAUGUAAAAAGAUAAGAAGGGCUGAUAUCCUGGCGUACAGUAGUAGACAUUGCCACUCACUAGGCCAAUUUGGACAUAGAGCUAAACAAUAUCACAUUCCAGGUACUACCUAUGGAAAUCAUUGGGCUUGUGUACUCUUUCACAUGCAAGAAGAGGAAAUAAAAACCUCCUGCUUUUGACUUUGAAUUAGCCACGCUUUACUGUCGUGCCCAAACUUUGAUUACUUUGCUUAAACUCUGUAGACUUAAUUGAAACAAGCCCAGGGCCGUUUAUGAUCUAAAACAAGAAUGGGGAAACUUUUUCAGCCAAAGGGCCACAUUUCCUUAUGGGCCGCCUUCAGAGGGCCACAUGCCAGUGUUGAGUAGAGCCAGAGGCAAAAGUGGGUGGAGCAACAAAUGUGUGGGGGGGGCCCAGUAAGCUAGUUUAGUAACCCACACAUAAAUACCCCCUCUAUCCUCCAUCCAGAUAAAUAAGAGCCAUCAGAGUUCCAGGAGACAUUCCAGCCAGGAAUGCAAAUACUCAGGAUGCAACGGGUGUAAAAAAAUACUCAGGGUGCAAAGGGUUUGGCUUGGGGAAGGUUCUGAAGGGCUGCAUUUGGCCCCAAGGUCUGAGGUUCCCCACUCUUGGUUUAGCUUUUAACAUGGUAUCUGAACCAACCAACUGGCUGCAUACUGAUGGUGUUGGUUUCCUGUCCCUUAAAUGGGCCAUAUGUGGUGUGGUGGUGCCAUUUUCUCCCACCUUAUUUGCCACCCUUCAAAACUGUUACAGCAUAAUAACUCGGUGGUCCCACUGUGUCCAAUGAGACAUGCCACCUAGUAAGCACGUUGAAGAUGGAAGCCUGCUAAUCUGCUACGUUUAUUGUAUGUCUUUAAAAAAGCUGUUUACAUAGGAAAUAAUUCAGAUUAUUUAUUACCCAGAAUGAAUGUCACAUUGGCACAUUUGGGAAUGAGUAAUCAUUUAACUAGUUCCUCCAUUUAAAAACAUAAUUUCAAGAAAUCUAAAGCAACAUGUUUUUUUUCUUUUCUAGUUAAGGCUGAUCCUUGUCACAAUGAGACAGAUACAACUUUAUUGGGAAGGAUUGGUAUCGGUGCUAUGUUUUCAUAUUACAAACUGCAGCAGUGGCCAAAGGUACUUUGCUUCUUACAAGGCAUACCCGUGUGUCUAAUCACAUAUUACAUGAGCAUGCAAGUAACAUAUGACAAUGGGAGCAUGGUUUUGGAGAUAAUCUAGAAAUUGGGGGCGUGGGUGGCGCUGUGGUCUAAACCACUGAGCCUAGGCUUGCUGAUCAGAAGGUUGGCGGUUCAAAUCCCCGCGAUGGGGUGAGCUCCCGUUGCUCGGUCCCUGCUCCUGCCAACCUAGCAGUUUGAAAGCACGCCAGUGCAAGUAGAUAAAUAGGUACCGCUCCGGCGGGAAGGUAAACAGCGUUUCCGUGCACUGCUCUGAUUCGCCAGAAGCGAAGGUCAUGCUGGCCACAUGACCUGGAAGCUGUAUGCCAGCUCCCUCGGCCAAUAAAGCGAGAUGAGCACUGCAACCCCAGAGUCGUCCACAACUGGACCUAAUGGUCAGAGGUCCCUUUACCUAAUCUAGAAAUUAUUGCACACCUCGGCAGUGGCGGGGGGGUUACUGUUCCUUUACUCAUAUUAAUUGCUAACAAUAAUGAUUCCCACAUUCCUAUGAUUAUUCUAAUUUGCUUCUGCCAACUUUGAAUCUCUAAAAUUCAAUUAGAUGGAUGACCUUGGCAAACUUUUAUAGGCAAUUUAGAAGAAGACCAAAAGAAGUUGUAAUGCUUCAAACAAUUAUUGUGGUUAUUGCAUUGCUGUAUUUAAUUUAAGUCUCAUUCUUUUCAGUGGGAAAGUGCUUACUUCUCCUACUUAAGUCAGUGGGAUUUUAAAAGUACUUAACUUUGCCUGAUCAUGCACAAUAUAUAUUGUAUAAACAAGAUAGCAUAAGAAGUACUUUGGCUGAAACAGUGCCUUUAAGUAAGUGUUUUCUGAGUGGGGAUGGAUUUAAUUAUAAAUUGAUCAGCAGUUUCAAGCAGUGUCUGUGAAUGCUUGGGGGUUUUAUAUAUACCGGUAGUUCUAAGUUAGUUUGUUUUCAGAGGCAUACACAUUCUUGGGAACUGUAGUAUGGGUUUAGGGGAGGCAGUGUUUCUUUCCUUACCUGUACAUCAUGGUUAUUAAGGGUUAUGUGGAGGACAUGCCAAAUUUAAAAAUUGUUUCAUUUGCUAAACUUGGUUAAUUGGUUAUAUAUGUGGCAAGGUUUUCCCGCUGUGACAAAUGGACUUGGCAAUUUGCUUUUGAAGGGUCUCAUUUGCCUGAUGCUUGCUCUUGAGGCGUGUGUGUGUGUGUGUGUAAACUUGGAAAUUUCCAGCCAAAUUAUUCGUGUAAAGGCUUAGGAGCCAGGGUAAUGCUUGGUAUACUACAUACUCAUUUUUAUAAGUUCAAAGUGGUUUUGGCAAUCAUUGAACGCAUGCCAACAAAGCAAUUUGCCUUUUUGGACCCCUAAGCUGAAAUUGCAAACCAUACAGGUAUAAAAAUAUUGGUGCCUUUUAAUCUUGAAUUAAAUUUAUAAGUGGAAGACAAUUCCUUGUGUGAAGGGAGUGCAGCUCAAGAUGCUUGUGUAUUGUGCUUUGGCUGAACCAAUAUUUUCCUGUGGUGGAGGAUAACGUCCUUGUUCAGAUUGCUCCUCUCACUAGACUAGGGCUAAACCAAUUAGGCUUCAAGGCUGCCUUUUGGGAGGCAGCAGCCAAUCUUCAGUCCUUUGUCCUGACUGGUCCGAAAAGAAACAAGUGGGAGGAGCAACCCAAAUGAGGAUGUCAUCCUAUCAAAGCAGAAAGGAGCUUAUCGCAGGUAAAAACUACUGCUCCUUUCCAUGCUCAUUUUUUUCAUACUUAUCAGUGUUGCUAGCUAAGAACAAAAAAGAACAAUCACCACCCCUUGUGCUUAGGAGUAUACAGUGUCAUGCAUGAACAAGUAUUCUGAGAUAAAAAACUGAUACUAUGGUAAUUCUCUAUGCUGCUUUCCCCCUUUGUAUCAUAGGCCAAGAAGGUUCUGGAUACGCUUCAUGCCUUAAAGAUACACUUCACAUUUUUGAAAGGACUUCUUGGUCAGGAGAGGUUGGCAUCACGGUGCCACAUUGUUAACAUUGCUGUGGAAAUAUUUCUCAAGUGCAGGAGCCUAAAUGGAGCAUUUUGGGUGUUGAGAGGUACACUUCUUUAUUAACAGAAAUAAGCAAGGCUUAAAAUGACACGUGUAGGUUCUGCCUUAACAUUACAGCGGAAAUUGAGAGAGCCAAAAUAUGUGGUUGAAGUCUCAAGCUGACAUUUACUCAUAUUUCUGAGAAUUUGCUGACAGAGGCUUGGUGAAUAAUUAAAGUACAUUGACAAUAGUGCAGAAUAAAUGAAGCAAGGGGAACUGUCCGUCAUCUAAAAUUUGGUCUCCUUCAUAUUUCAUGUCUUGCUAAAUGCAGAAAUGUCAAAUCCUUACCUCCCUUGCAUUUUUAAGAAGAGCAACUUUCUCUCAUUAGUUAUGUAACGUUUUGUGAGAUUAAUGGCCUGUUCCAUAACAGUGCGGCACAGUGCUGUGCAGAUGGUCACUUGGUGCUCUUGACUGUGUUUAACCCCAGCUGCUGCUGCUCUGACCUGCUGCUGUGCUUCAAGUGACACUUUUUUGGUAGCUGUUCCAAGCAGUAGCCAACCAGGAAAUGAACCCUAUAGACCUGCGGCUUCUGGAGGGGGGAUAUAUGAUAUAUGACAGUAUAUCCUCCAAUCACAAAAUGGCUGGGGCAUGUUCCACAGGGGGGGAUGCACUGGGACAACCGAUCUCAGUGAUCACGGGUAGGAGGAGGAGUUACGCUAAGACUAGACCAUGUCAUUACAGAGGGGGCAGGUUUAGUCGUUGUCUGAGGACUAUUCCUGCCUCCGGGUCUGGUCCUGACCGGAUGGAUACUAGAAUCAGCAAGGGAUACCCACAUGACCUGAAGGUGCUGCUGUGCAAUGCCAGGUCAAUGAUUCAUAAGACCACUGCCAUCCAUGACUUGAUCAUGGAUGGAGGACUUGACCUGGCAUGUGUAACAGAGACUUGGUUGGAUGAAGCAGAUGGGCCUGUCCUUGCCGCUGCUUGUCCACCAGGUUUCUCUUACGCACAGCAACCCAGGUCAUGUGGGCGGGGAGGGGUUGCAGUGAUUUUUAGGAAGUCAUUAGUUUGCACCAGGCGUCCUAUUGGGAAGACCCAGUUUUCCGAGUGCACGUUCUGGAAGUUGGGCAAUAGGGGCAGUACAGGAUUCCUUUUGGUGUACUGACCUCCCCGCUGCACCAAGGAUUCCCUGCCCGAGCUGCUUCAGGUCGUGGCGGAUGUUCUCCUGGAGACACCUAGCUUGGUCGUCCUAGGGGAUUUUAACAUCCAUGCCGACACGACCUUACAAGGGGCCGCUCAGGACUUCGUGGAAAGCAUGGCCUCCAUGGGGCUGUCCCUGAAUAAGUCUGGCCCAACCCAUAGCCACGGACAUGCCUUGGACCUGGUGUUUACCUCUAUGGAUGUUAGUGAUCUGACACUAAGUAAAAGCGAAACGAAAGAAGUGCCAUGGUCAGAUCACUUCCUGGUGCAACUGGACUUCUCUGUGACCCAUCCCCUCUGCAGGGAGGUGGGACCAAGUCGGAUGGUCUGCCCCCGCCACUUAAUGGAUCCAAAUGGUUUCCAGAGAGUGGUAGGGGAUGCUUGAUCCCAUGUUGAUGGCCUUUCAGCUGAUUCCCUGGUGGCCCGCUGGAAUGUGGAGUUAACCAGGGCUAUUGACUGUUUGGCUCCGAAGCGCCCUCUCCGAUUGCAUGGAACCCAGACAGCCCUCUGGUUUUCCACGGAUCUGAGGGCAAUGAAACAAUCGUUGAGACGGCUAGAGCGCUGGUGGCGGAUAACUCAUUCCAAAUCUGACCGGACACAGGUUAGAGCUCAAUGUCGAGCCUACCAAGUGGUGAUAGCGACGGCAAAGAAGAAUUUCUUCACCGCCUCUAUUGCAUCUGCAGAAAACAGCAGCAGGAGACUUUUUCAGUUGGUUCACAAUUUAGCAGAACCACCUGCAACAUCGGGGCCCAGUACGGGCCACAUGUUCUCCUGCAAUGAUUUUGCAAAGUUUUUUGCAGAUAAAAUCGCUCAGAUUCGGGAAGAAGUAGACUCCACCGUGGGAGCAGGGCCGGGGCGGGAGAGUGCUAGAGUUUUGUCUAGUCAAGUUGAGUGGGAUCAAUUCCAAUCUGUUACCUCCGAGGAUGUGGACAGGCUGCUUGGACGAGUGAAACCAACCACCUGUCUCCUGGAUCCUUGCCCAUCCUGGCUUAUAAAAGCUAGCCGGGAAGGACUGGGCGAUGGGCUUCGUGGGGUGGUGAAUGCUUCCCUCCAUGAGGGAGCCUUCCCAGACCCGCUGAAAGAGGCGGUUAUUAAACCGCUUCUUAAAAAAACCAUCUUUAGAUGCGGCCACGAUGGCCAACUAUCGCCCAGUCUCAAAUCUUCCAUUCUUGGGCAAGGUGAUUGAGCGAGCGGUUGCUGAACAACUCCAGGCACGCCUGGAAGAAGCGGACCAUUUGGAUCUCUUCCAGGCGGGAUUCAGGCCUCAUCAUGGGACUGAAACUGCCUUGGUCGCACUGGUUGAUGAUCUCCGGCGGGCUAGGGACAAAGGUGAGAGCUGUUUCCUAGUUCUGCUGGAUCUCUCAGCGGCGUUUGAUACCAUCGACCCUAACAUCCUUCUGGAUUGUCUUGAGGGGCUGGGAGCUGGGGGCACUGUCAUACAGUGGUUCCGCUCCUUCCUCCUGGGCCGUGUUCAGAAAGCGGUGGGGGGGAUGAGUGUUCAGACCCCUGGGCUGUCACUUGUGGGGUGCCUCAGGGUUCUGUCCUCUCCCCCAUGCUUUUCAACAUUUACAUGCAGCUGCUGGGAGAGAUCAUCAGGAGGUUUGGGCUGGGUGUUCAUCAGUAUGCGGAUGAUACCCAGCUCUACCUCUCUUUUAAAUCAGAACCAGUGAAGGCGGUGAAGGUCCUGUGUGAGUGUCUGGAGGCGGUUGGAGGAUGGAUGGCGGCUAACAGAUUGAGGUUGAAUCCUGACAAGACAGAAGUACUGUUUUUGGGGGACAGGAGGCGGGCAGGUGUGGAGGACUGCUUGGUCCUGAAUGGGGUAACUGUGCCCCUGAAGGACCAGGUGCGCAGCCUGGGAGUCAUUUUGGACUCACAGCUGUCCAUGGAGGCACAGGUCAAAUCUGUGUCCAGGGCAGCUGUUUACCAGCUCCAUCUGGUACGUAGGCUGAGACCCUAUCUGCCUGCAGACUGUCUCGCCAGAGUGGUGCAUGCUCUGGUUAUCUCCCGCUUGGACUACUGCAAUGCACUCUACGUGGGGCUACCUUUGAAGGUGACUGGGAAACUACAACUAAUCCAGAAUGCGGCAGCUAGACUGGUGACGGCCGCUGAGACCAUAUAAGACCGGUCUUGAAAGACCUACAUUGGCUCCCAGUACGUUUCCGAGCACAAUUCAAAGUGUUGGUGCUGACCUUUAAAGCCCUAAACGGCCUCGGUCCAGUAUACCUGAAGGAGCGUCUCCACCCCCAUCGUUCUGCCCGGACGCUGAGGUCCAGCGCCGAGGGCCUUCUGGCGGUUCUCUCAUUGCGAGAAGCAAAGCUACAGGGAACCAGGCAGAGGGCCUUCUCGGUGGUGGCGCCCGCCCUGUGGAACGCCCUUCCAGCAGAUGUCAAAGCGAUAAACAACUACCUGACAUUCAGAAGACAUCUUAAGGCAGCCCUGUUCAGGGAAGUUUUUAAUGUGUGAUAUUUUACUGUAUUUUUGGUUUCUAUGGAAGCCGCCCAGAGUGGCUGGGGAGGCCCAGCCAGAUGGGCGGAGUAUAAAUAAUAAAUUAUUAUUAUUAUUAUUAUUAUUAUUAUUAUUAUUUCACACAUUUUAAACUCCUCUCUCUCUCUCUUUUUCUUUUUCUUUCUCUCUCUCUCUCUCUCUCUUUCUUUCUCUCUCUCUCACCCCCCCCCCAUCCUGUGCAAAUACCUUGGGGACACCUGGUUUCUGUCUCAGUCAGGAACUCAAGCUUGUCAACAAGGCUAGGCCAAACUGAUAGUUUUCCACAUAAGCUGCCAAGAUAACACUCAAGACUUGGCAGCCUCCAUACAUUUUCAUGAGAUUCACAAUGGUCAGUACAGUAGUUCAUAACUGGACAUCAAAAUUAUUUUCCUCAGGCUCUGCAUGGAGAGCAGUUCUUUGUUAAAUAGCUGAAUGCAAGGUGGGCAGUCAUCUGGGAUCUUUCACAAGGCCCUAUAUUAUUUCGUUUGUCAGCAUUCAUGGCCUCAUUUUAAUCGCUUUUAAAAUACCAGUAUUAAUCUCUCUAGAGUCGGAAUGGAUAAUAAAUACUCUAACAUGGCCUUGUGAUCGAAUGGAUGUCCUCAAGCGACAUAACCUGCUAUAUGUAAUAGCAUCUGAGUGCAUUGCAAAGAGCCGUUAUGGAGAAGCAUUUGAAGUCUUGCAAAAUCUACCAGGCUUCAGGAAUUCUUGUAGUAAGUGUUUAUAAUUCCAUUCUCAAUGGCUAGUAAGCAUCUAUGGACUUUUAAUCAGAUACUAAGAUAAAUUGGUAUUUUAUGCUGCAAGUUCUUGAUAGAGAUGGCUCAUUUCAUAAGAAAGGUUUUCCUUCCAUUCUCUUCCUGAAAGCAGAGCAACUGUUCAGUUUAAAACAACUGCUUCUUUCUGUUUUUUAUCCUGUCUCUUCUGUUUUGAGGUCUAUAGAAUUAAGAAACGCACAAGGUGUUUUUGUUUUGGUAAGACCUUUCAGGAAUCUACAAAGCAGGAUACACCUGUCAAUAGUAUGUAUCUAGGUAGAUACCAUGUUGCAUCAUCACUGCCAUUCAUAUACAGUGGUACCUUCGGUUAUGGACGGGAUCCGUUCCGGAGGUGCAGCUGUAUCCUGAAAAGUCUGUAACAGGAGGCGCUCUUCUGCACACACGUACGGCAUGAUUGAGCGCUUCUGCGCAUGCGGCAAAACCAAGAAGCAUACACUUGUGGGUUUGCUGCGUUCGCAACCCGAAGUUUACAUAUCCAGAGGAAUAUGUAAGCAGAGGUACAACUGUAUAUAUUUUAAUCUCAAGUAUUUGUUCCCUGCGGGCAGUCUGCAUUCGGUUGGUUCUCCUUUGAAAUCAGAAGGGGGAGGGGCUAAACUUAUUGGUUAGCCUUCAAGAAGGCUCCUCCAGAAACAGGUCCUCCUACCUUUAAGUCAUGAAAGUAGUCUUUGCUGGGGAUCUGACCUGCCUGCCCUUUACAAUAUAUUCUUAAUCUGCCAAUAAAACUUUAAAGCUGCAAUACCUUGAUGCUUGCAGGGUAGAGGCAAAGGAAGUGUAAAGGGAAGCCUUGGGUGUCAGGAAAUGAAUGAGGUAAACACAAUGGGCAGAGCUGAUCAGAGGAGCAACAAUGUGUACUCCUGAGAAUGAUUCCAAGAGAUGGUGGGGCAAUUUUGGAUGAGAUUGGAAUGAGAACUGAGAUGGAUUAUUUCUUGGCAUAUAGCAGUGUUGGAACACUUUGUGGACUUACAGUGUGGAAAUUAGAGUUAAAAUUCCUUGAACGUCAGUUGCUGGAAAACCACAGCAGAAGAAGGCAAUUGCCCUCUUCUCCUUCCCAUAACUAUCUUGCCAAUCACUGGGAAAGGGGACGCUGUACCACAUAGACCUUAGGUCUGAUCCAGGUCAGCCAUGAAGCUUGCUGGAUGGUCUCUGAACUAUUUUUAAGUCUUCGCCUAUACUUCUGGAUUGUGAGGGGCAAUAAUGGGAUAAAUAUUUGUAUAUUAACAUUUAUAUACUGCCCAUAUACGGGUGGUUUCUACACCAUUCAAAUACAAAAUAUAAAAUUUAAAUUGUAAGCAUGAAAACCAAUUAUAAGACAAUCAAGGCAGUGGAAGCCAACCCAACACACAGCAACUGAAAACAAUUUAAAACAACAUAAUACCAGCCAGGGGGAGCAACUUGGUUCUGAGUUCUAAAAGUACUAAAAUAAUUGUAUGAUUAAGAUUCAAAGACUUAGCAAAACCAAAAGGGAUCAUAGUGUGGGCACCAGUCAGUCUUCUCUAGGGAGGCCACUCCACCACAAAUAAGACCCUUUCUCUAGUCAUUAGUUGGCUUGCCUUGCUAAGCAGGAGAACCUGGACAAGGGUUUCUGAUGAAAAUGAAUUCUUGGGCAGGUAUAAAUUAGAGCAGGUGGUCCUUCAGGGGGCCUGGCUAAAAGCAAAUAAGGGCUUUAACAGUUAAAACUAGUGCUUUUAAUUGGGCUCAAAAACAGACUGGGAGCCUGCACAGAUGUUCACUGUUUGCCCGCCCAAACUCUUUAGAGGGGUUAAUAAAACAAUCACCUAUGUAUCUCAGGAUGCAGGAUUUAAGCUGUUAGUUUUGCAGAUCACAAUAUAUUUGUAACUUUUUUUGCUUCUCAUCAAGAUCUAUUUCUGUGUAGCAUUUAUGAUAUGAAAAUAAUAAUUAUUGCUUAGUGUACACACUUCUGAAAUAUUUCGUUUAGCAGAAAACCAUUCUGCAGUACAGUUAUUCCAAUACAAGAAGAAAUGAUGCCUCAGGUGGCCGGGGUGUAUGUGUGUGCGCGCGUGUGUGCGCAUUCUAAGCAGAGUUGAUUUGUUCAUGAAAAUGAGAGAAACUAGGAUCUUCUUUUUUAAAAAAUCUUAAAACAGAGAGGGAAAACUUUGCUGUAGUUUUCCACUAUUAUAUUGCUGAAACCAAUGUUCUACUUAAUAAUUGAAGAAAAUUAAUCACUUGUAAUGUUUUUCUUUUGCAGAUAGUUUGGAUGUAUCCCAGUACAGGAGUUUAUUUAAUAAACUGCUAGGUGCUUCUUUGGAAAGCCAGAAGCUUCAAAUAUCAUCUACUGUAGUAGAUUUCAUGCUUGCAAAGAACAUUCCCAUUGAAUUUGAUUUACUUAGAGCAUUAAUCACAGCACUUGGAAGAGGCUGUUGGUGGCUUAAAGCCAGAGCACAUUAUAAACGUAAGCUCUCAAUGUCUACUACAUUACUAGUUGAAGAACUUCAGUUAUGCUGCAAUCUUAAAUGCACUUAUCUAGGAAUAAGCUACAUUGAAUUUAGUAGCACUCACUUCUGAAUAGAUAUGAUUCAGGUUGCAUUGUUAGAAAAGUUCAGGCUGCAGUCUAAACCACAAUUACACAUUAACAACUAGAUAUUGAAGAAUUCUGCCCAAAAUUAUUUUUGGGAGAUCCCUUGGGAGCUCCUGAAGGUACAAUAUAGCUAAAGAAGUACUCUGCUUUGUUUGACUUUUUAUGACUUGCUUUAAGAUAUUGACCUGUGCUAUAAUUAUUCAGAAGACCUGUCUGAUAUGUGUUGCCAUUCCAAGCAAACCCAGCAUUUUCUAGAUUUCCUCGAUUUGUGCUUUAGAAUGAAUCUACAGCAAAAGGAACAUUCAGUGACAACUUCUCUUUUUGAAGAAAAGUAGUAGGUUGCUAACCUUGUCUGGAAAAAGUGAGGUGGGAAAACAAAAGCUGGUCUGGUCCCAGAUUGUAGCAAAAUUCAAUUGCAGAACUUUAAAACUGAAGUUUAGAGUUUUCUAGGUUUUAGGAAUAAGAGCAGCUUUGGACUUUCUGAACAAGUAGUGGAGGUUUGCCACCUCUCCUUGCCUUCAGUUUUUGAGACUGUCCAAAACAGCAAUUAUAGUAGGAUGGAAAUUGGAAACAGUUAAAAGUAGUCCAGAAGCUCAAAUAAUCUUGGAAGAAACUGUUUUUCAGUAAAGCAGUAGAUGAUCCAAGUACCCACACACAAACCUAGAGAAGUGUGCUGUUUAGUACAACUUUGACACCUUCUUUUACAUAAUUUACUGUCACUUUUUAGAUGCUUUAGCAUUGGGUUGCUACCCACCACUGGAAGGAAAUCUUCACCGUAAACUUCUUCUGAUUCCCUCUUACAUGACUGAGAUUGAGAUGCUGUUAGCAAUUGAAAUUUUCUUGGUUUCUAAUGCUAGUAGUAUUCAGAGUCCUGGUGCUUCCAAUCAAAUACUUCAAAUAGUACUGAAAAGGUGAGUUCAUUUGCUUUUCCAAGUGCAUGAUUCUGUAUCCUCCCCUCAGCUUUCUUGCUUAUGUCUUUGAUUUGUGUCAAGGAAAAGAAUCUUAUGAUAAUCAGUUUAAAUCAGUAACUUAUAAAAUACAAUAAAUACCUAAUUUCUUCAAAGUCCUUUUUGUAACAUGUUGCCAGUAAUAGAAACCUGGUUUUAUUAUUUUGUCUCUUUGAAUUUUCUCCUCCUUCUCCUCCCACUACUGUUGGUGUUGUCUUCUAAUUUUGCACCAUUUCCUCAUUUUUUUUUGUGAUCAGUCACACAUUAGUUAGGAAAAAAGCUUGUUGUGGAAAGGAGCUGGUUUUUCCACGUAAUUGCUUCAUUUCUGCUGACACAUUACAGUAGUUAUCAUUUGUUCCCAGUUGAAAGACACAGUUGAAGCACAUUUGGGGAGGAAAGGCAGGAUGGUAGUUCAUAUAACACUGCUAAUCAUCUUAGAAUGACUGGUUGCUGGUUGUAACUUUUCUUGAUUGUGAAAACUCUUUUUCAGAUGUGAAGGCAAGGAUGAUAACUAUCAAUGUGCAGUGGAGAGGUUGAUUCAAGCUACUAACAUAUCUACUCCAAAGCUUUUCAUAAAGCAUUUCACAGUAAAUAGUGGCACGGAGCAAGUGUGUGGUUUGGAAAACAUUUGUGCACUUGAGUGGUUGAAAGAGAAUAUGAAGUGGGCAGGAAAAGUCUGGCUUUUUUAG